UUUAGCUUAUAACAUAAUCAAGAAUUUUCAAUUUUCAUCAUGAAUCAUCAAUCACCAUGAAAACAGGCUCACUCUUAAACUACUUGCUCCUAAUUACCACUGUUGCCUCCGCCGCCAUGGAUGCUAACACAACAUGUGCCCCAUCUUCGUGCGGCAAAGUCACCAACAUAAGUCAUCCUUUCCGGCUGAAGGAUGACCCACAAAAUUGUGGCGAUGAGAGGUAUGAGUUGGCUUGCGAGAAUAACAUCGCCGUGCUAGCUUUGUUCCCAGGGAAGAACUACCAUGUUGAAUCAAUAAACUACAAUAACUUCACAAUCCGACUCGUAGAUCCCGGCAUCUCAGAGGAUGAUUGCUCCACCCUUCCUCACUAUUCCAUAACCAGAUCCUAUUUGAGGAAUGAAGAUGAAAGCAGACCAUAUGAAGACAGUCAAUACCGACAGACUGAUUUUCGUAAUGGCUCCACACAAGUCGAAACUGUAGAAUUAGACUAUAACGUGGUUUUCUUGGAGUGCAGAAAUCCGGUGAGGGACGAUCCACGAUAUGUGGACACUGCCUCUUGCAUUCAACAAGGCCAUCAUGUUUAUGCCGUUGUUGGAGGGUUGACGGUGGUUGAAUUAAGAGAUGGUUGCCAUGUGAAGCUGGUUGCUCCCUGCUCAUCAUCCUUUCUUGCUCCACCGAGAUGGCCAAAGUACGAAUCAUUAUUGAGCUGCAACCAAAACUAUUCAUACGCUGAGAUUCAUAGGAUGCUCAAUUAUGGAUUUGAGCUUUCGUGGGUACCUGGUGCUUGUGAAUAUAAGUGUGGACUGAAGGGGAGUUCUUGCGCAAUCGACCAAACCGCUCAAAGUAGUCUCAUAUGUUCGGAGGAUUGUUACACACCACCUUUUGGGAAAGAAUGUCGAAUGGUGUCGAAGCUCCAAAUAAUCGCAGAAGAUUCCGCGUAUGGAAUUUUGAAAGGACUUCGGAAAGUAGUAGGAAAAGAUGGUGGCGAUUCUUUCUCUAAAGAGGAUGUAUUACCUAUAAUUGAUGUAGGAGUAUUCACGGGAUGGUUUAUGGUGCCAUACAUGGUCGUCAAAUACAUAUUGAGUCUCAUACUUUUCUUUGUAAUGCUGAUCUACACAUGCCAAAGAAAACAUGCAUCAAUUUAUGAAAACAUUGAGGAAUUUUUGCAAGGGAGCAAUCUCAUUCCAAUAAGGUAUUCAUAUAAAGAGAUAAAGAAAAUGACAAGAGAUUUUAAAGAAAAAUUGGGAGAAGGAGGAUUCGGUUCCGUGUACAAGGGAAAGCUACGAAGUGGACCUUUUGUAGCCAUAAAAAUGUUGGGUAAAGCUAAGGCUAAUGGUCAAGAAUUCAUCAGUGAAGUUGCUACAAUUGGUAGAAUACAUCAUGCCAAUAUAGUAAGGUUGAUUGGAUUUUGUGUUGAGGGUUCAAAACGUGCUCUUGUAUACGAAUUUAUGCCGAAUGGUUCUCUAGAUAAGUUUAUUUUCUCCAAAGUGGAUAGUGUAUCAUUGACUUGCCAGGAACUUUUUGAAAUAUCUCUUGGAGUGGCUCGUGGCAUAGCUUAUCUGCAUGAAGGUUGUGACAUGCAAAUUUUGCAUUUUGAUAUCAAGCCUCACAAUAUUCUUCUUGACGAAAACUUCAUUCCUAAGGUCUCAGACUUUGGUCUUGCAAAACUGAAUCCUCUUGAUAAUAGUAUUGUAACUUUGACAGCAGCACGAGGAACAAUUGGUUACAUGGCUCCAGAAUUGUUCUACCAAAAUAUUGGAGCAGUAUCUUAUAAGGCCGAUGUCUAUAGCUUUGGAAUGCUUUUGAUGGAGAUGGCAAGUCAAAGAAGAAACUGCAACCCAAAUGCAGAGCAUUCGAGUCAAUUUUACUUUCCAUUUUGGAUAUACAAUCAAUUGACUCAGAAAAAUGAUGAAAUAGAGAUGGAAAUUUUAAUGCAUGAAGAAACAAGCGAAGUAGCAAAAAGGAUGUUCUUAACCGCACUAUGGUGUAUACAAUUAAAGCCAAGUGAUCGUCCUUCAAUGAAUAAAGUGGUGAAAAUGUUAGAAGGGAAUGCUGCAAGCAUUGAAAUGCCUCCAAGACCUUCAUAUUAUCCAAAUGAUACGAUUCACAAAGAUUCUGAGAUUAAUUCAGGAGUAACUAUUUCAGAUGAUUCUUCUAGUUGUUCAGGUUUUGAGGAGGAAAUUACAACCAAUCCUAUGUGAAAGUGCUUUGGUUGAUGACUAGUGCAAUUUGCUUUCUAUGUUCUUGUUUCUAUAUUGUAUUGUUAUUUACGUUUAUGUGCUGUACGCUCUUCUUUAUUACAACCAGUUCAACAACAAUUU